CGUGAAGCACCGGAAACGCAAAGAUGGCGGCAUUUCCGACAUGGUUGUGUUUGUGAACUGUCCAACUUUGUUCUUUCUCACAAAUACAUUCAUUUUUUCCAAUUAAUCUUCACGUUGACAGAUUGCUGUAGUUUGUGACAGUGUUGCUGCUUGUUUGUGCGGGUUGUUAUAGUUUGUCGCGGUGUUUUUAAACUGAUAUAUCAGUUAACUGUCAGCGGUUCAGUUUGUAGUUUUUAUUUUAAUCAGCUCAGACAUGAAGGAGGCUCUGUCCCUGGUCCAGAGACUGAGCGCACACCCGGACUCCCGGUGCUGGUUCGUCAGCUGGAACCCGACCGGGACCCUGCUGGCCUCAUGCGGAGGCGACAAGACCGUCCGGAUCUGGGGACGAGAAGGUGACUCUUGGAUUUGUAAGAGUGUGCUUGAGGAUGGGCACCAGCGCACUGUGAGGAAAGUGGCGUGGUCUCCCUGUGGGAACUAUAUGGCCUCUGCCAGCUUCGAUGCAACCACGUGCAUCUGGAAAAAGAAGAAUGAUGAUUUUGAGAGUUUGACUGUGUUGGAAGGACAUGAAAAUGAAGUUAAAUGUGUGGCGUGGGCUCCUUCAGGGAAUCUGCUGGCAACAUGUAGCCGAGACAAGAGUGUCUGGGUGUGGGAAGUGGACGAAGAAGACGAGUACGAGUGUGUUACUGUCGUGAACUCCCACACACAAGACGUGAAGCAUGUUGUGUGGCACCCGACCCAGGAGCUCUUGGCUUCAGCCAGCUACGACAACAACAUCUGUAUUUACAAAGAAGAGGAUGAUGACUGGGAGUGCCGGGCCACCUUGAAAGGACACACGUCCACAGUCUGGAGUUUGGAUUUCGAUGCAGCUGGACAGAGGCUGGCGUCCUGCAGCGACGACCGCACCGUCAAGAUCUGGAAGGAGUAUCCAAGUGAAAGUGGACAGGACUUGUCGUGGAAGUGUGUUUGCACUCUCUCUGGGUACCACGGUCGGACAGUGUAUGAUGUCGCAUGGUGUCGGCUGACUGGCGCUCUGGCGACUGCCUGCGGUGACGACGGAGUGCGAGUGUUUAAGGAGGAUGAGUCGUCCGAUCCGGAUCAGCCUGUGUUCUCGCUGGCUGCUCAGGUUCCCAAAGCUCACAGCCAGGAUGUCAACUGUGUCGCCUGGAACCCAAAGGAGGCUGGACUCCUGGCGGCCUGCAGCGACGACGGAGAAAUCACCAUCUGGAGGUUCCAGGAGGAAGACUGAACGGUGAUGACCAUAACUGACCUCUCACUGAACAAAAACAGCUGCAAGCUUCACUAGGAACCGUUAUCCUGAGGUCAACACACACACAGUAUUCAUUCAACUUAAGUCUGUUUCUAAACUGAUAAUUAGGGUUGCACAAUUUGGGAAAAAAAUGUCAAAUUGUGAUUAUUUUGACAUGAUUUGUAGGCUGGGUGCUCUCUGUGGCACUAAAAUACUUAAUUCAGAAUAUUUUUGCCUUGGAUAUUGCACCUGUCCAUUUCCGUUACCUGUGCAGCCCUACUGAUGCUUCAGCCCAUCUUGUGCUUUGUAGUCUACAUGUUGCUUCCUAACAGCUUAAUUAAGAAUUUAUUGCCAUUUCAUGAUGUUUAUAUAAAUAAAUGAAUAAAUAU